AUGUUUCAGUUUGCUCAGCAGCGCCAUUUACAGCUUUUUCCACUUGUGUGGAUGGCUUUACUGUGUCGUCACUCGGCCACACUUGAGAUGCCACAGGGUUUUCACUCUGUGCGGCACGCUUUGCUGCGUGCACUGCCUCUUUUUCAACAAGAGGCGGGGGCGGGCACUGCACUGAGGCUCAUUGUGCGGUGCUGCUACUUUCCAUCAUCAUUCCUAAAGACAAGUUCUCUGGAGAUGGGCGUUUUGCUCGACCAAAUGAAGCGCCAUGGGGUGGUUUCCUCGUCAGAACGCGUGCGCAGCGAAAUACUACACGAGCGGAUGUGUACAGAGGCCCCGGAAGAAUCGACACCGGCGGUGAAGACUGUCCGCGGGGCGUACAUGGCGUUUCGUAACAUUCCACUGUGCGCCUUUUAG